UUUAUUUUCGAUUUAGAUUUUAGAAAGCCAUUGUAUGGCAUUGGUAGGGGUUUUCUUCAGAAACUCACUGCAAAAUGGUAUAGUAUCUGCCAGAUAUGCAAAUGCUGUGACAAGGCUAGUGAAUAGAAAUUUAUAUCUGUGUCCAAGAUGUAGAAUUUUAUAUAAAGGUCAGUGGGUGUUCAACUUGUCUUCUAAGCGAUUGGCCACAAGGUCAAAAGGGAAAGACUUCAAUUUUUUGCAAAUUAAAUUUUAUUCUUCUUCUACCUCUCUUAAUAAAGUGCAAUUUGAAGAAAUUAGGAACAUCAUUGAAGAACAAUCACAUGUUCAAAAUGCAGAACCUGAAACUAUAUAUAAUCUAUUGUUAGAAAAAGAUUUAAUAGCUCAAGAUGAAAAACAAAGAAAAGUGAUUGAACUUCUCCAUAAACUACAUGAUGACGUAGAAAAAUAUAGUCCGGUUACAACUUCUUCUGGAUUUUUUUCAAAUAUAUUUUCAACAGCUGUUAAACCUCCCAAAGGACUUUAUAUUCAUGGAAGUGUUGGAACUGGGAAAACUAUGAUAAUGGAUUUAUUCUAUCAUUGCUGCAAAAUUAAGAACAAACGACGUGUUCAUUUUCAUGCAUUCAUGCUUGAUGUACAUGCAAGAAUCCAUCGCUUGAAACAGUCAAUACCUCGACAACAUGGUUCUAAACCUCAACCAUAUGAUCCUAUAGGACCAGUUGCCAGAGAAAUUAGUGAUGAAACAUGGCUUCUUUGCUUUGAUGAAUUUCAGGUAACUGAUAUUGCUGAUGCAAUGAUCCUGAAACGACUAUUCACAGAGUUAUUUAAGAACGGUAUUGUUAUGGUUGCCACAAGCAAUAGAGCUCCUGAAGAUUUGUACAAAGGAGGAUUACAACGAUCAAACUUUUUACCAUUUAUAAAUAUUUUAACCCAUCACUGUUAUUCACAUUGCAUAGACUCAUUUACUGAUUACAGACUUUUAGGUCCACCCUGUGAUGGAAAAGUAUAUUUGUUAUCUUCGGAUGGUGAUGUCAACUCAAACUUGGACGAUAUUUUCAAAUAUCAUGCCUCGUUGCAGAAGACAAAAUACGAAACAAAGCCCACAACGUUGCGAGUGCUAGGUCGUGAUUUAUUUGUUCCAAAAUUCAAUGGUGGUGUAGCCGAUUUUAGUUUUGAAGACAUAUGUAUGAAGCCUGUUGGCGCAGUUGAUUACAUUGAGUUAGCUAAACGAUUUGAUGUGGUAAUAAUCCGUGAUGUACCCCUACUGAACAUUUUUCGAAAGCAAGAAGCUAGAAGACUCAUCACUUUGAUAGAUACUUUUUAUGACGCAAAGGUUGGGUUAGUAAUGUCUGGUGCAGUUCCUGACCCAAUAAACUUAUUUGUACAAGCAACGGAAGAACAAAAGACUCAAGUCAUGCUCCAGAAUACAAUGAUCCUGGAUGACUUAGCAUUGACACAAGAUGAUACAACUACAGAUCUGAAUGUGUUUUCUGGAGAAGAAGAACAAUUUGCAUUUCAGAGAGCAGUUUCGAGAUUAAAAGAAAUGCAAUCGAAAGCAUAUUGGGAUGAACAUGACAAAUUAGUUGCCAAAAACAAGAGGACUGUGAAUUGAAAUUGUUUUAUUACAGUAAAGAUUUAUCUCUAGAUUCUCUGGGCAAAAGCCUGAAUUUGUAUGAUAAAUUAAAAAGAUGUUGACGUAAAUAGGUAUUCCAUUUGGGAAUAGUGCUCCAAUUGUUUUUAAGUUUUUCAUUAUAGUUUUAAAUUAAUAAUAAUUUUAAAUAUAUUCAAGA